AAGGCAGGGGGCGGGGAGAAGCAGGGCCCUUUAGGACCCGGCUGCGGCUGCGGGGGAGGAGGAAGAAGCGGAGGAGGCGGCUCCCGCGCUCGCAGGGCCGUGCCACCUGCCCGCUCGCUCGCCGCCGUCGCGCUCACCACCGCCAACAUGCUGCCGAGACUGGGCGGCCCCGCGCUGCCGCUGCUCCUGCCGCCCUCGCUGCUGCUGCUGCCGCUGCUGCUGGGCGCCGGCGGCGGCCGCGGCGUGCGCGCCGAGGUGCUGUUCCGCUGCCCGCCCUGCACGCCCGAGCGCCUGGCCGCCUGCGGGCCCCCGCCGGCCGCGCCGCCCGCUGUGCUUUCUGCUCACUCAGGGGGAGCCCGAGAGGAGACGGCGUUAUUUGUGGUCUCCGUCUCAGUGUGCCCUGACUUGCGCAUCUGUCAAAGUUGGGACAACGGCGACGAGCCCUCUGAAGGAGGCCUGGUUGAGAACCACGUGGAUGGGACCGUGAACCUCUUGGGCGGUGGAGGUGGCGCUGGCCGGAAGCCCCUCAAGUCAGGCAUGAAGGAGUUGGCGGUGUUCCGGGAGAAGGUCACCGAGCAGCACCGGCAGAUGGGCAAGGGGGGCAAGCAUCACCUUGGUCUGGAUGAGCCCAAGAAGCUGCGGCCACCACCUGCCAGGACCCCCUGCCAGCAGGAGUUGGACCAAGUCCUGGAGCGGAUCUCCACCAUGCACCUUCCAGAUGAGCGGGGCCCUCUGGAGCACCUCUACUCCUUACACAUCCCCAACUGUGACAAGCAUGGCCUGUAUAACCUCAAACAGUGCAAGAUGUCUCUGAACGGGCAGCGUGGGGAGUGCUGGUGUGUGAACCCCAACACUGGGAAGCUGAUCCAGGGAGCCCCCACCAUCCGGGGGGACCCCGAGUGUCAUCUCUUCUACAACGAGCAGCAGGAGGCCCGUGGGGUGCACAGCCAGCGGAUGCAGUAACCCCCAGCCGGCCGGUGCCGGGCACCCCCCGCCCCCACCCCCUCUCCAAACACUGGCAGAGAGAGGAGAGCCUUGCGUGGUGGGUGGGGAGGGUUUUCCAGGAGUGUUGACAUGUGUAUUUAUAUUUGGAAAGAGACCAGCACCGAGCUCGGCACACCCCCGCCUUCCCCCUCCCCAGCGGGAGCUGCCUGCACCCUCGCCUUCUCCUGUCCCAGCUGGGGAGGAAGGGUGCUUGCAGGGGUGGAGCUGGGGGAAAGGCUUGGGAGGGGGGAAAAAGAAAUUUUUAUUUUUGAACCCCCGUGUUUCUUUUGCUUAAGAUUAAAGGAAGGAAAAAUAAA